AUGACGUUUCUUGUGAAAUUUUCUAUAUUUAUUAUGGCCCUGUGUUUUGGGCAAAGUGCUGACUGUGCGAGUACCAUAGGUACAUCAUCGAAUAAUGGCACAAGCCCAUAUGACGCUACGGAUGCAAUUACAGCCGUAUCGUUGAGUGGUGAACCAGAUAUAGGGAAACGGGGUCAACGUAACUUUUACGACGGUCGUGCGACAGGUCGCCAGAAGGGCACGAUGUUCGAUGACAUGCGAAGAAAAUUAAAGUCCAGAGACAAAGAAAAGCAGGCAGAGCACAAAAAGAAGACCUCACAGAAUAUAACUGCAGGGAAUAAUUGUAGAAGAGGUUUGAAGAAAUUGAUACGUUGUAAAAUGGGGAGAAGGGCAUGGAUGAAGGUUAUAGUUGUCUUCUCAGUCGUGUAUUCAUUCCUUAUAUCCCCCGUAGCACAAAGCAUCGUGCACGCGUCCUUAAUGUCUAGUCAGGCAGUACUCAGUUUCUGGCCGAUGAUGGGCAUAUAUGGAACUUCCAUACUGAUUCCAGUCAUCUAUGCGUGCGUGUUAGUAUGUUUCUGCCGCUCGAAGACAGGCAAAUGUUUACUGGAUAAAAUUUGGAACAAGAAGGAGAAGGAGGAAGCUCCCACAGAAACGCAAAAAAACGAAGGAAAAGUAAAUAAGGAAUCGAAGAAGACGUAA